AUGAUCAACAAGGAAGUCGAUGGCGAGCAAACAUGCGAACCGCGGCUUGCAGCUAUGUUAGCAGCUCAUCUUGUCAGUCAGGUUUUAGAUGAAGCUUUUGUGAUAGCUAAUGCUACUGCUAAGAAGGGAGAAAAGGGUCAUCCGUGGCAUUAUCAGUCAAUGUUGAAAAAUUUUGAGAGUGAUAAACAGUGUGAUGCUCACGAUGAAGACACAUCGUUCGAGGCGUCAAAGGGCGACAGUGACAUCGUGAAUGAAAAUAAGAUAGAACAUGCUGCCAAUGUAGUUGCUACAUCGACGCCGGAAAAAGUUACAGAUGAUUUACAAAAAAGUAAGCCAGAACCUAAUCUUAUUGGUCAAGGAGACGAAGAGCUUGAAUCGAACGAGUUAACGAAAUCCACAUCAAUGUUUAUUAAUCAUCUUUUUGACAUGAGUGAAGUUGAAAAAGUAAUGAUAUUCGAUGAUACCGAAAUCGUACAUAAUAAUUCGGAGCCAAAUGAGUUGCUUACUGAAGCAAUGAACAAAAUUAUGGAGUCGUAUGUAGACACGGCGUUGGGUAUGACAAUUGAGCAGCCUUCACAUUCUGCAGCGGGUAUGAUAAUGACGGUGGAGAAAACAUCAAGCCCUGAACCUUCCGAAUACUCCUUUUUGACAGAUGCUUUUGCAGAGGACAUCGCUAAAGAUGUUGCAUUUUAUAUACAUGAUGAUGGAUCUGGUGAUGUUGACAGAAGUAGUGCACGUUCUCAUCUUGUUCCUAAUGUAGAAAUAAGAGAGCUUUGUGAAGACGAUAUCCCUGAGAGAUUAGUUGAGAGUAGUGAAGUUGCACGAUAUGAAAAUGCAUUCCUUAGUUUGAAUCGUGAUUAUGAACAAAAUUCCGAAGAUGAAGUUGAUCCUAUAUUAGAAGACCCAAAAGGCAUGACUCUUCAAGAAGUGGAAUUAAUGACUGCUGAUACAUCCGAAGAAAAUGUUUCUACUAAUCGUGACGAGGAACCUCACAUUUGUCCAAUGAUGAAGGAGUUAGUAUCAGCAGAAUCAAAAGUGUCUGCAGCGGCAAGUGCGUCGAAAAAAAGUUCUCUAGUCAGUCGGUGCCGUUCUCAAGGCGCCAGACUCCUAGCUCGUAUCCGAGGAUGGUGGCGACGCAGGACUCCCGGGAAACGCAAGGAAAAUCUGGUUCCGUUUGCUGCUCGUGGCUUAUGUCCUUUAUCUCCGGAUGCAAGACGUCGAGCUGCUAGUCUGUUGGAUCAACGACUUCUUCGAUCGCCCUCACCCAGCCGAAAUGUUGUCUGGAAGUUUAACACGGUCAACGAAUCGUUCGUGCAUUCUUCACGUUGGAAGGGCUAUACUUUCGAUGUAAAACCUGAUGAGUGCGGCGAGUACUGACUGUCUUACUACGAAAUCGGCUAAAUCUGUCUGUUUAUCCUAUUCAUCUUUUGACAAUAAAGGU